AUGGAUUCAUUGCUGAGAAACUUCACAUGGACAGUGGUUGAUAAAUCUAAGAGACACUGUGUGAUAGAAGGCAAAUGGAUAUACAAGCGAAAGGAACCAAGAUUGAAGGGGUAUGAGCGUGGUAAACCCCCUGAGCUCACCAAGGACGUGUGGGAUGGCCUCAUCCAUUAUUGGCGGGAUCUUGACUCCAUUAGAGUCGCCGAAUCUUGCUCUGCCUCCCGUCAGACGGUAGAUGAGCACGGCCACAACCCUAUGCUUCACUAUACGGGUCAAAAACCCCACGCCGGUGUCAGUCUGGAUAUGGAUAGAAACAAGAUGGGAGAUUCAGUACCUCUAAAACUAGCACUGCCAGAGCUGAAGUAUCCUAUUGGUUCACAGCCAAAGGAAAAGUCAGCAAUCAACCAAUAUUCCGGCUCAGAGUAUAUCUCUAUUGUCAAAAGCAUCCUAAAACCAGAUGAGAUGAUAAGAGUCCGAGGAUCAUUUCUGGGACCUAUAAUGAAGCUCAGUGAGAGAGGAUUGAAGUUAUCAGCAAAGAUAGUCUACGCCAUUCUCACUAGAAGCAUCGUUUCUGUCAAGGAGAAUGAAGCAUGGUUCCAUUUCGGUGCGCAGCCAAUGAGGUUCUCUAUAAGAGAAUUUCAUAUGAUGACAGGCUUAAAAUGUAGUGGUGCAUUAGAAGGACCACGAAGGGAAACCGAGAGAUUUAAUUGGGAAUUGCUAAAGGGGCGUAGUCAUAAGUUAAGUGACGUGGUGGACCAGCUCAGAAACACAAGAGAAGAUGCUUCUGAGGAGAGAGUAUGCCUCGCAAUGCUCAUCCUGGUAGAGAGCAUAUUAUUGCGGAAGAGCAAAGGAGGGAGUUUUCCUUUGGAAUAUGCGAAAAAUGCACAGGAUAUGACAUAUCCAUGGGGAAAAGAGGCUUACAUUGUGCUCCUGAAGUCAAUUCAAAACGCUGUCGCGAAUCAUUUGGAGAAUAAAUCCAAAUUUGAGUUGCAAGGUUAUCCUCUAGUAUUCCUUCUUUGGAUACUAGAGUCGAUUCCUUUGCUAAGGAAUAAGUUCAGUAAGUGUGUACCAACAGUUGAGGUUCCUGGGCCGACUUACUUGUGUGAAAAAUACACUGAGGUAGAGAAUCCAUCACUUGAUAGGGUUUUACAGGUUGAAGCUGAUACAAAGCUGAAGGUCCAUUGCAUACUACCUUCUAUUCCUCAUGAUCCAGAAGAUGAUAUCUCCAUUGAAGACAAAUAUAGUGACGAGCUGGAAACAGUGAAAGAUGUAACAAAGAAAGGGUACAAGAUUACAGCCGAUGACUGGGAAAAUAGGUGUGUAGACACAUUUGACACAUUGGAUGCUCUUAUUCAAAUGAUGGCAAAUAAGGAGACUGGCCAAGCUUCUACUCCGAUUGAUGAGGAUUCAGUAAAUGAAAAAGUGAACAGGAUCAUCACGGUAAUGGAGGAGAAUCUGAAGAGCAUGAAGGAUCGAAUGUCAUUACUGGAAGAAGAAAACAUACAUCUUAGAGCUCGUGUGUCAGAGUUGGAAGGAAACAACAAUGUUUUUCCCACUAACGUGACACAAAAGCGAUCCAGUGGGACACCUUUAUCUCCAAUGUCUCACACGCAACCAUCGAGUGAGACACCUUUAUCUCCAAUGUCUCAACAGCCUAAUUUGACACAUGAGGAGACAAUGAUUGAAUCAGCUGCAUCUCCAAAGUCUCAACAAAAUGAGGAUUACACGCAACCAUCGAGUGAGACGCCUUUAUCUCCAAUGUCUCAACAGCCUAAUUUGACACAUGAGGAGACAAUGAAUGAAUCAGAUGAUGACACUUCUGCCCUUGAUACUCAAGUAUUCUCUCCUAAUCUGACAAAAGAGGUAUAUGCUCAAUGA